AUGUCAGUAGAUACUCUUAAAUAUAUGAUAUAUUUGCAAGAAGGAAUUAAAUUGAAUCAACAAAGAUUAGUAUUUGCUGGUAAACUAUUGGAAGAUGGUAGUAGAUCAUUAUCAGAUUAUAAUAUCCAAAAAGAAUGUUUAAUUCAUAUGGUAUUAAAAUUAUGUGGUGGAAAUAGUCAAGCAUUACAAAUUGAUCCAAAAUAUUUCUCAACAAGUUUUAACUAUGAUUUUAUAAAUAUCAUUGAUGUAAAACAGUUCUUUAGAGGUGGUGAAAUUUAUGUUCGUCCAUGUGGUUGGAUGAGAUACGCAUUAAAUGUUACAAAUUUAUUUGAUAACGAUUGUGAUAAAUGGUUAGGUUGUGAUAAUGAAGAUAAGAAUGGCCAGUUUCAUAUCAUGGUACUGGUAAACAUCAAUCAAAAAAGUAUAGCUGAAAAAGGUUACGAUUGA